AUGGCCGGUCAACGAACUUCGUACGGAAACAAACGCUCCCACUCUCACACCGACGAUGGCAACAUCAAACCCAAACGCCGUAACCCCGGCGGUGACGACUCCCGCGACACGUUCCUCAUCACACAGGACGACACCGUUUACCGCUACCUCUGUCCUGUUCGCAAGAUCGGAAGCAUAAUCGGCCGCGGCGGGGAGAUCGUCAAACAGCUUCGCGUCGAGACGAAAGCGAAGAUCCGGAUCGGAGAGACGGUUCCCGGAUGUGAUGAGCGUGUUGUGACGAUCUAUAGUGUGGCGGAUGAGUCGAAUGAUUUGGAGGAUUCUGGGGAAUUUGUGUGUCCGGCGCAUGAUGCGCUGAUAAGGAUUCAUCAGAGGGUGAUUGCGGAGGAUUUGAGAGGACGUGAAGGGGAGGACGAGGAUGUGGAUAUGGUGAAGGAGGAUUCUCAGGUUACGGCGAAGCUUUUGGUUCCGUCGGAUCAGAUUGGGUGUGUGAUUGGGAAAGGGGGACAGAUUGUUCAGAAUAUUAGAAGUGAGACUGGGGCGCAGAUUCGGAUUCUUAAGGAUGAGAGAUUGCCUCUUUGUGCGUUGAAUUCUGAUGAACUUGUUCAGGUUUCUGGUGAGAUUGCUGUUGUGAAGAAGGCUCUUAUUCAGAUUGCAUCACGGCUUCAUGACAACCCUUCGCGUACUCAGCAUUUGCUUGCUUCUACUGUUCCUGGGGUAUAUGCAGCUGGUGGUUCAAUGGGGGGUCCUCCUGGUGGGGCUCCGAUUAUGGGGAUGGGUCCUCUUGGUGGCGGUUAUGGGGGGUAUAAAGGUGAUGUUGGAGACUGGCCACCACGGUCUAUGUAUCCGAGUUCAAGGGAUGAAGGUUCUCUGAGGGAGUUUUCAGUCCGGUUUGUUUGUCCAAUUGCUAAUAUUGGAGGUGUGAUAGGUAAGGGCGGUGGUAUUAUCAAUCAAAUUAGGCAGGACUCUGGAGCUACAAUCAAGGUUGAUAGUUCGGCAACUGAAGGAGAUGAUUGCUUAAUCGCCAUUUCGACAAGAGAGUUAUUUGAAGAUUCUUUCUCUCCAACAAUAGAAGCAGCUGUGCGUUUGCAACCACGGUGCAGUGAGAAAAUUGAAAGAGAUUCCGGGAUUCUCUCUUUUACUAGCAGGUUACUGGUGUCAAGUUCUCGAAUUGGUUGUCUAAUUGGUAAAGGAGGAACCAUCAUUACUGAAAUGAGAAGGCUUACAAAAGCUAACAUACGCAUCCUAUCGAAGGAAGAUCUCCCUAAAAUUGCAUCUGAAGAUGAUGAAAUGGUGCAGAUUUCGGGGGAACUAGAUAUUGCCAAAGAUGCCCUUGUCCAAGUACUUACACGGCUAAGAGCAAAUAUUUUUGAUAAGGAGCGUUCUGUCUCAUCAUUCCUUCCACCAGUACUUCCAUAUCUUCCUGGUUCGCCAGAAGGACCAGAUGGUUUGAACUAUGACGGUAGAGAUGGAAGAAGACAUGGACGUGGCCAUUCUUAUUCAGAUGGCUAUGGAGGCUCAAGUGAUUUGCCAUCUGGUGACAGUUAUGGAAACUAUGGAAGUUCUCAGCUUGGUCGAGGUGCUCCUUAUGGAGCUUAUGGAGGUUAUGCUUCGGGACGGACUAGCACUUCUGGAUUGUCUGACAGAUUGUCUAGUCAGAGUGGUGUUUCUCGGAGGAGAAACCAUGGUUACUAA